GCCAGCCACGCUACCUCAUUUCUUAUCUACUGCCUUAUAGACCCCUCGGAUGGCUUCAUGACCACUAACUAGAACGCUUAAACCGUGGCGCCAGUUUUGUCGAAUGUGCAAGGAGUGACAGUUCGCUCUCGCACCCGCGGCCUUUACUCUCCUCCAUCUUUCAUCACACCGAUGACCCGUCUCUUGUGCGCAUACACUGCAUCUUUCAUUUCGACCUCUUUUGGCGACUCCAGCCAAAGCCAUAACCAUUGCAGUCUAGCGGCUUGCUUCCCUUGGCCAGCAGACAAACAUCAAUGCUCAUCCUCUCACCAACCACAUGAACUCAUAGAGAUGUCAGUGUGGGUUCGACAGCCAAUCAACGCGCGUAUGCCUCCUUCGUCGUCGACUGCACUACCCAGACCUGUGGUUGAGAGGUGCUUUUCCGCGCGUCGACUUCAACUAGUGCUGGCCUGGCAGACCGCCAUUUCCAAACCUUCUUCGAGCAAAGACGAGUCGACCUGGCGUCUCCUAACAUUGCUUAUCCGGCUGCGGCUGCUCUUCCCCAGCGAAUCGUGCAUCUGUAUCAUUUCUCAUCCCUGUCUCCUUUGGUUACACAUUGCGUGAAUGUCCCUAUCCGAUCUGUAGUAUCCGUCGCCACGUUUGAUUACCGCUGCUGGAAAUGCCCAUCUCAAAACCAAUCUCGGGCCUACCGCCCGGGGAAGGGCUUCAUCUACCGCUCGUACUCCCUUCCAACGGGUCCAGUAUCUCAUUCCAGUCCUGCUUCUUCUAAUCUAGCCUUCCUUGAUGCCAGCCGCCUUCCCGUACGGGCCGUUGCAACUGUGAUUGUUUCUUGUCCAA